AUGAACAGACGUAGCGCACCGAAGAUUCCCGAAGGCUCACGCUCUGCGCUCGCCGGGGACCCAGCCGGCUCAGGGGCCGCACCGCGCAUGCUCCCGGACGGCCUUGACGUCAAUCCCCGAGGAGGGAGCGCUAGGCGGGCGGCGGGCUGCGACCGCGGUCGUGAGGAACGUUGCGGGGCGGUUAGUGACCUCUCAGAGUCCGCGGUAAAUGACACCCGGGUAUCUUGUCUGUUUGGAGCCCUGCUCUGUGGACUAAAACUAGCGGCGGCCCCCUGGAACCAGACAGACCCGCACAGGCCGCUGGGACUUGUAGUCCCCAGAACCUGGCCGACCCGUCCCCGUCAUUCCCCUGGGAAAUCAAAUUUAGAUGCAGAAGAAAAUCAAAAUGUAAUGGAAACGUUGAGAGGCAAAGUAAAAGAGAAGCUAAAAAAUGCUAAGAUUAAUCAAGGUGAAAAAUCCUCACCUCAGCUACUCAUUGAUGAGGAGAUAUAUCAGUGGCCUAAGAUCGAAGUCUCCCUGGAUGAAGGUCUUUGGUUUUUCAUGCCAAGUGGUGAAGAAGGCUCAACUGUGGGCUGGUGUUCAGAGCAGAGAUCGGUAAAUGAUAGUUACCCCAAACAUUUUUCACCUGGUGAUAAUUUACAAAAUUUUGCUGAAGGCCAAGAUGAAGAUUUUAUGGAGGAAAUCAUUUCCCCAGAUUUACUUGAAGUAAAAGCUGCUGAAUAUGAAGAUGAUCAAGAACAAAUAAAAAAACAACAGGCACACAUUUUUGUGCCAAGUAGUUCUCCAGUGGUCAACCAGCGUAAACUGCCAAAAGAUAUGAUUCCACGCAUUUUAGAAGAUGAAGGAUUCUAUAUUCAGAGAAAGCCACAAAUACAUAAAAAGACCUGCAACAAAAUGGAAAAUCGCCUGCUUACCCUAGAAGAGGGAAAGUGUUGGUUUGAAGAAAGUGGAGAAAUUAUGUCAUUACCUUCACCCAUUAGACAGUCAUGGAAUUUCAGGCUAACCACAAGCAAGAGAUCUUUAAAUCCAGCGCUAAAGACCAUAUACAGAAAGUAUGCUGAUUCUGACAAACGCCCAUGGACAAGAGUGCCUUUGUGGAAGUUCGCAAGUCCAAUGGAGAAUUCUAGCACACCCCUGAACCAUCAUCCUCUCUUCAAUCAAGAACAAGUAUUAUGUGCUAGGCUGCUUCAGCUUUGUGAGUGUUUCCAGGACAGGCAGCAACAGAAUUUACCUCAGCUGCUUUAUGAGAAGCUGAAAACACUGACAGAUGCUACCAAAUUAGCAAACGAAAAUUUGGAAAUAAGCCAACUGACCAAAAAAUCUUUACAAGAUUAUUAUUGGCAGAUAAGUAAUACAAAACAGCGCUAUGAGUUAGAAAGGGGAAAAGACUCCUCUCUAUUACACAGUAUAUUACGGACUUGGAAACAAAUAAAAUCCCUUCGACAACGGCAGGGGUUUACAAGCACCCCAGUAAAGUUACAGUUUCAAAGGAUCGGGCCUCCAGCCCUGCGGUCCCAGAAACCAGAUUUGACUGGAUUUGAUGGAAUGAUUUAUGAGAUAAGUAAAAGGACAAGCUUAUUGGCAAAACUAUAUUUACCUUUACCUAACAACGCAGAGUUGAAAAGCAAAACUGUUUUGGAAUGUGUAGAGUUUAGCUCUGAUGAGCUCGUCAUACCUGCAUAUGGAGAAGUAGGAAGCAAUGUACCUUUUCUUCUUGAGGGAGAUGGAACUGAGGAACUUUGUCUUUUGACGUCAGGAAAACUGAGCUACUCUCUAUCGUGGGCUUUAGACAAAAAUGGUAUUCCUCGGACACCCAUGUCACAGUCAUUAAGAUCUGCUUACUGCAGUGUGUUAAGGAAUGUAGAUGCAAGAGGGGUUCCUGGAAUUCCACGGCUCAUUAAUGCACAGAAGCUUUUUGAGUGGGCAAAUGAAGCAAAAAUUGAUCCAAAUAAUCCAGAAUAUUCUGAUUUAAUGGAAUUUAUUAUAUACAUGAAACAUAAAGGACAGGAUAUUCCAAAAUCUUUUCGUCUUGAACAGUUGCAAGAUGAAUUUAACUUUGUUUCUGAAGAAGAAAUGAAAAAGAGUAAACGUUUCCAGCUAUUGCAACUUAGAAAUGCAGGUCAAUUAGACAUUUUCCAUCUGCAGCAAAUACCCCUUUACGACAAAGAUAUUCCAGAUUUAGUCUUCCAGGAAUAUGAAAGUCAGAUAGAGAAGGAUAUCUCCAUUUCAGAUGUCAAUUCUAUUACUGCACAAAGGAUUAAUUCUGCCAAUUUUCUGAAAAAGAUAAGAAGGUUGAUAAUGAAAAGAAUUGUCAAAGUUAGCAAAUUUAACUUAUCAGAUGUUGUGGCUGAUUAUGAAGAAAUUGUAUCUGCAAGCCAGUUGACACAUGCAGUUUGUAAGCUUGUUGAACGACAAAGGAAGUUAAAGCCUCAGAGGAAAGAAAGGAAAAAGGUAGCAGCGCACACUGUCUGUGAUGGAGAUAUUAAGAUUCUUGUCAGAAUAUUGCAGGCUUAUAACAUUCCUACCAGGAACACAACAGGUAAUAGGUAA